AGCCUUGAAUUUGUACAGCUGAAAGGCUUAUUAAAGGCUGAGGCUGAGUGAUUAUAACUUUUAUAAAGCAAAAUGCAAAUGAAUGUGUUUCUUGAUUGUGGGUUUCUCUUGAAAUGGCUCAUAUUUGAAAAAUAAGGAGAGAAAUUGAAUCUUUUUAUAUAAAGAAAUCUCUAUUUGAAACCCAAGUUUUGAAAUUUUUUCUGGGAAUUUUUAUGAGUUCUUGAAAAUGUGGUGUUGGGCUUAGUGAUAAAGUUUUUUUUUUACAUCUUAAGAAGAAAAGGGUUUGUGUAUUUUUCUCUUCUAGAAAUUAUCAUGUGGAUUGAUGCUGCUGAAGUGAGUGAGACACCUCCAUUUCAUCAUGAUAUUAAGGUGCAUCAUCUAAUGUGCAUGGAACUAAUUCAGUUUGUAACUAGAGUUUCGGUAUUACUUCCUGAAAUUGAAGCAGUCCGUCCUGGAUGCUCCGGAACAGAGAUACUUUGUCGGUUGAACAAUGAAAUUGACAAAGCCAAGACACUACAUCAACACUGCAGUGAAUCUAGUAAGCUAUACUUGGCAUUCACAGGAGAUACUAUACUCUCACGAUGUAAGAAAUCAAGAAACAUGUUUGAGCAAAGCUUAAACCAGGUGCAAAAUAUGGUUCCAGUAUCGCUGGCUUCCGAGAUAUCACAACUGAUUGCUGAACUAAGGGGUGCGAUAUUCAGCGUGGACCCAUCUGAAGAGGAGGCAGGGAAGGUUAUAAAGGAAUUACUUCAUCGGUAUGUCAACACAACAGAUUCGGCUGAAGAAUAUGCCUUCGAGGCAAUUCAAGUUGCUAUGUGGAAGCUUCAUAUCACAUCUCUAAAAGCUCUUUCAAUUGAAAAAAGAUCCAUAAAAGAGAUGAUGGAUAGAGUUGGCGAGGGUGAAACAACGAAAAGGAGGAUCUUAUCGAUAUUUCUUAAGCUCCUUAAUAAGCAUGGAAAAUCAAUUGUGACAGAGCAAAUUCAUAAGGAAGACUCUUACCCAUUUUACAAUCAGUGUGAAGUGAACUCUCAUUAGAGAUGUCAACUUGGCGGUGCUGAAGUAGACGUUCUGAGGGGCUCUCUAACACGAGGACAUGAUUCUAGAUAGGUAACUAUGGAGGUUGAAGAUUAGGGUAGAGGGUUAGUAGGUAUAGCGUCAUCUAGUUUCCUUUUUAGUAUUGUUAUUAUUAGUAUCUUAUUAUUCGACUGUAGCAUUACCCAUUAUUUCGUCGUUGCUACUUUUCUCUUCUUCAUUGUUUUCAACAUGAUUUCUUCGCUAUUAUAUUUACCUUACAUGCUUGUCUUUUGAGCUGAGGGUGGAUUGGAAACAACCUCUUUAUCUUCCCAA